AUGACAGGUGUUGCACAAUUUCAACCUAUGUUAACACAGUCAUCGGCAAUCAAUGACACGGGGACGCUUAUGAAUGAUAUACUCACGGAUUACAACCUCUAUGUCAGACCUGCAAUUGAUCUAAACGAGACUAUCUACGUAUCAAUGGGAUUAUCUAUCUUGUCUGUGAAACAAUAUGACGAAAGAGAAGGCACACUUUCUCUUAUAGCUGUAUUGAAACUAUCUUGGUAUGAUAUCAGAAUGUGGUGGGAUCCAGCUCUGUACGGAAAUAUCAAAGAAAUACUCAUCGGAUAUGACAAAGUUUGGGUACCAGACUUAUAUUGUGUAAAUUCUGCGGUCACGUUUCUUCCAGUUGGAACCAAGACGGAAAGAGUACGUUACAAUCACACCGGUUACGCACUUUUUGCUCCCGGUUCACUUUUUACGGUAUCAUGUGCGGGCAAUAUGGAAAAAUAUCCGUUUGAUUCCCAAAAUUGUCAUAUAUCUUUCAACGCUUGGAACUAUAAUACUGAAGAAGUUUCGCUGUUAAAAGAAUUUGACAAGAUCGAUCUCACCUCUUUUGCGGGAAACAAUAUGUGGGCAAUUGGCGAAACACGUGUUGGCUAUGAAAUUUAUCCAAAUGGUCUUCAGCUAGACUUCUUCAUGGAAAUAAAGAGAAAGUCCAGAUUUGUUACAGUGAAAUAUAUGGAACGCCAGUCUCAACGGCCGCAAAAGUUGCGCAAGUGGUCAGAUGAGUUUAUGUCUUCUGCUUUUAAAGCAGUCAAAUCUGGACAAAUGACUAAAAGGUCAGCAUCCAAAACGUUUGGUGUCCCGCGCAUGACCUUGUCUGAUAGAGUGAAUGGCAAGGUACCACAUAAAGCGAAAAUGGGUGUAAAAACGGCAUUAAAUGCUGACGAAGAAUCUGCGCAUGUAAGUUAUAUUUUUUACAUGGCGAAUCGUGGAUUUCCGUUUUCAAUUCAGCAAGUAAUUGGCUUCGCGUGGUGCAUAGCGAAAGAACACGGUAAAGAGAAGGUGUUUACUAAACCGGGUCCGUCUAGGAAAUGA